AUGGAUGCCCUUAUUCAGUUGAAACAGGUGGUGGAUGAUUUGAGAUAUCUUCACAAAAAGGAAGUAAUUCACGGGGACCUGACCAGUACAAAUGUUCUGAUCGAUCGCGAUGGCAAUGCAUUUUUGGCAGAUUUUGGUCUCUCCGUGGCUCUCGCAGAGAGUGAUAGAUCGUACUACAACACGUAUUCGAGUGGCGCUUUCCUGUGGUUAGGGCCUGAAUUGAUCGGCUCACCGGAUCCAGAAAGCAUUCCGGAUAACGAUGGCAGCGAUGCUAACUUACUGAAACCGAACAAUGCUACAUGUCUUCUCGGGUAG